AUGUUGUGGUGUGGAAGCAAUGGAAAAGUAUAUCGAACUAUUAGUGUUCAGGUUGGUUGUAGUGGAAACACGAAAGAAGUUGCUACUCAGUAUUCAAGUGGAAAGGGAAGCUAUCAGCGAAAAAUAGGUGGUACUUCGCACUGGACGUAUGAUGAGCUGAAAGACAGAGUUCUCUGCAAUAGAGAAACUUUAAUUGGAUGGUUAAUGAAUGAAGGAGUGAUCGCCUCCAAACGCGCCUGCCCCGUUUGUGGUGAAAACAUGGAGCUGGUAGAAUGUACGGACCGAUCAGACGGUUACAAGUGGGAGUGCAGAAAGCGAGCGAAUAACAAGCGCCAUAAAAGCACAGUCAGCAUCCGGAAAGGAAGUUGGUUUGAACAGAGUAAUCUUACCCUGGAAGAGAUUAUUAAGUUCACCUACUGGUGGUCGGAGGGACUAACGCAAGAGCAAAUAAGGAAACAGCUCCACAUUAAUGCUAACACAGCUGUCGACUGGGAUAUGUUUUGCAGAGAAACAUGUGAAGUGACCAUGCAGAAAAAAAGUGAAAAGAUUGGUGGUGAGGGGAAAGUGGUUCAAAUUGAUGAUAGCAAGGUGGAAAAGCGGAAAUACCAUCGAGGGCACAGAGUUGAAGGACAAUGAGUAUUUGGCGGUAUAGAAGAAGAUUCAAGGAGAUGUUUUUUGGUGGCAGUGGAAGAUAGGAGCGAGGCAACACUUUUGCCUAUCAUAAAAGACUGGAUCGAACCGGGAACAUUAGUUGUCUCCGACUGCUGGAAGUCAUACCACAACUUAAAUAAACAUGGAUAUUCACAUCAAACCGUGAACCAUUCAAAGGAGUUCGUAAAUAAAGACGGGUAUAAUACUAACAAAAUGGAAGGUCACUGGCGGCACAUGAAAGUGAGUUUGCCUGUAUUCGGCACUCGCAAGGACAUGUACUCUUCCUAUCUUGCCGAGUUUAUUUGGCGUCAUGUAAACAAAGAAAAAGACUUGUUCGCCACAUUUUUAAAUGAUGUAAAAACUCUAUACAAUCCGAAUUAA